CUGCUCUGCAAACUUUUUUCCUCGGCAUCCCUGGUCGCUCCGUCGCUGUCAGUCGACAUUCGCGGCCGACAUAUUAAUGACAUGGCUCAGUGUCGUAAAUCGUGUGUGAGUGGUCUUGCUUGUGUAACUAAAAAACCGCUAUUUUAGACUAAAAAAGCAGUAUAAUCGAAUCUACACCUACAAAAAGCAACCAAAACAGAAAAUCAAACCACAACUCAUCCAUAUUGUUUCUUUAAAAAAAAAUAAAAAUCCACAAUUUAAAAACGGAAAUCAACACCGGGAAGUUAAUACUCAAAAAAUCUUAAAGAUCAUUCAUCAAAUAGUGUUAUCGAAAAAAGCCUUAAAAAAGUAAAACAAAAAGAAAAAUAAUUCGUAAUGCAAUUGUGAUCUCCAAGUUUAUUUUUUCGCACUCUUUCUUUUUUUGUUUGUUUGAGAACCAACAGUUUAAACCCCCAAGAACAUUAUUGUGUUAACUCACACACCAGCCAGCAGCAAAAAGGAAAAAUUAGAAAAGAAAAAAAAAACAAGUAUUGAACGCGGUACGCGCAGUGACCCGGAAGUUAUAACAAAACAACUCAGCACGCAUUUACGACAUUAAUCGAGAGCGAAAUUAACAAACAAACUAAAACAACAGUAACAAGUAAAAAAAUAAAUAAGAUCAAGAAACAACCAAAAAACCACGAAAACCACCAGACACAAAACAGCCUGCCUGAACUAAAAAAAAACAACGUCAAACAUCAACCAACAUCAGCAACAAAUUAAAAAACAAAAGUAAAUACAAAAAUUAGUAGUGAAUCAAAAGUUAGCGCAACAAAACGGCCAAUCGGGCAAAAACGCGCGCGUCGGUCGUCGUUCGGGGAUCUCGGAAAGCCGGAGCAGCUGGCCAGCGGCCGCCGCGGAGCGGACCUGGGACAAGGACCUGGUAAUCACCGGAACAAGCCACUAGUCUCAGUGUUUGUGCGCGCGUGUGUGUGAUUGUGUGUUUCCGUUCGACGCCCGUUGCUAGAUUGUGGCUAGUAGCUAGAAGAAGCGGAAGAAGAACAAACAAACAAACAAAAAAACUAGAAAGACUCCAACAGCGAUAAGCAAUCGCUGAAGCUGAAAAACUCAAAAAAUAACAAAACCAGUACCGGUAGUGUGAACACUUGAGGAAAAGCGCGAAAAAAGGAAUACGACGAGACGACGAGAUUCGUCAAUUUGUUACCACACCAGCAACCGUGGACAUCCUGUCGCGCUCCGCAAGACUUCCGGCUCGUGUAGUAGUUCCGGCACCGGAGACGCCUACGACGACGACGUCGCACUUUGCGCUAACCAUGGGCAGCCAGACGAAGCCAUUCCGCUCCGCUGACGCUCCUUUCCUGGACUACGCCGAGUACGGCCAGCGCGAUAUGUUCUUCAACGGUGGCGGCCAGCAGCAGCAGCAGGGCAACCCGCCGUCGGUGUCGCGUCCGCCAAUGUCCGCCCCGUCGAACUCGUUCCCGCCGAUCGGGACGUUUACGCUGGAAUCGACCACGGGUGGCUCCGGCCAGCAGGGAGGUGCUGGCGGCGCCGGCAACAACGUCUUUGGCGGCGGCGGUGACUCGAUGGGGAGUGGCCCGAUCGGUGUGUUUAACGCCAGCUCGAUGGGCAUGGGCGGCGGAAUGGGUGGGAAUAGCGGAGGGAACGGGCCGAAUGGUGGGGGCAGUUCGGGGAACUCGUACGGGAACAAUAGCAGCAGCAGCGGUGGUGGCGGUCAGUCGAAUAGCAACGGGGAUGCUAAUAACCAGGGCACUCGCGAGACCGGAAUCAUCGAGAAGCUGUUGCAUUCGUACGGGUUUAUCCAGUGCUGCGAGCGCCAGGCCCGGCUGUUUUUCCACUUUUCCCAGUUUGGGGGCACCAUCGAGCAUCUGAAGAUUGGCGACCCGGUUGAGUUCGAGAUGACGUACGAUCGUCGCACCGGGAAGCCCAUCGCUAGCCAGGUGACGAAGAUUGCGCCGGAGGUGGUCCUGUCGGAGGAGCGCGUCACCGGGACGGUUACCACCGAGCUGAAGACGGAGCUGUCGUUGGCGAGUUCGAGCGACACCACGACCGGCCGGAUAAGCUACGAGAAUCGGGGCGAGUGCUUCUUCCUUCCUUAUACCAAAGACGACGUCGAGGGGAACGUCACGCUGAGGGCUGGCGACAAGGUCAGCUUUCAGAUUGCCACCAAUCAACGGGGCAACUUGGGAGCCUGCCAUAUCCGGCUGGAGAAUCCUGCCCAUCCGGUGAAGUACCGCGGAGUGGUCUGCUCGAUGAAGGACACGUUCGGGUUUAUUGAGCGUGCCGAUGUGGUGAAGGAGAUCUUCUUCCACUUUUCCGAGACGGACAACACCAUCGAGUUGCGCCCGGGUGACGACGUGGAGUUCAUCAUCCAGACGAGAAAUCAGGGCAAAGAGGUCGCAUGCAACAUUGCCCGCCUGCCGCCGGGCUCAGUCAUCUUCGAGGACGUCGACUCGACGAUCUACAAGGGCCAGGUGCUCAAGUCGCUCGACCGGAACAACCAGCUGCGCCAACAGAACAACGAUCCGUUACCGGGACGAAUUAGAUAUAGGGCUGCCGACCAUUCGGAGGUAGAAGUGCCAUUCGGCGACAAGGACCAGAAGGGUGACUUUACCCUGCGCCACGGCGACUGGGUGCAGUUCCUGCUGGCGACCGAUCGCCGCGACCAGCUGCAGCGGGCCACCUCGAUCUCGCUGCUGGACGAGACGUUCCAGGUGUCGGGCGAGAAGCGCGAACAGGGCGUCGUCGCGUCGCUCAAGGAGGGCUUCGGCUUUCUGCGCUGCGUCGAGCGUAACAUAAGACUGUUUUUCCACUUUACGGAGGUGUUGGACACGAGCCGUGAGAUCUGCGUCGACGACGAGGUCGAGUUCACCGUCAUCCAGGAUCCGGGAUCGAGCUUCGCCAACACGCGCCAGAGUGCGAUCCGCAUCAAGCACCUGCCGGCGGACACGGUCAAGUUCGAGACGCUGAUCGAGUCGAACGUCGAGGGCGUCGUGUCGCGUGAGGCCCCCAAAUCGCCGAUCAAGAGCCAGGAGCGCACCGAGGGUGGCGUCAUCUCGUACGGGCCAGGUCCAACCAAAAAGACUAUUAUGUAUUUCUUGAAAGAUUGUGAUAAAGCACCGCGCGUGGGUGAUAAAGUUAGAUUCAAUAUCUGUCAGGUUAAACGUAACAAGGAGCUGAUUGCCACCAACAUCCAAGAGAUCACCAACAAUCCCCAUCAGCUGCAGCAGCAAACUUCGUUGAACGCCGGCGAGUCUCCGCAGCAGCAACAGCAGCUUCUCCAGCAGCAGGUUUCGCUGCAGAACAUGCAAGCGCCGCACUCGCCAAGCAUGAACAACGGCAACCGCACCAUCGGCGCCAGCAGCGCCAUGAAGGCCAACUACGCCAACGGCAACAUCGGCAAGGCCGCCAAGAUCCACCACGGUUUCAUCGCGGUUCUGAAGGAAAACUUUGGCUUCAUCGAAACCAUCGAGCACGACCAGGAGGUGUUCUUCCACUUUAGCAACUUUAUCGGCAACACGUCCGCGCUGGAGCUGGGCCACGAGGUCGAGUACUCGCUGUCGACGCGCAGUGCCGUCAACGCGGGCAACUGCAUCCCGGCCGAGAACGUCAAGAUCAUCCCGAAGGGCAGCAUCCCGCAGCCGAAGGUGCUGCCGGCCGUGUACAGCGGCGUUGUGCUGCGCCCGCUGCGUUGCAUCAACCCGGACCAGCUCGAGUACUGCGGGCUGGUGCAGGUGCGCAACGAAGCCGGGGACGGGCUGUCGACGCACGAGUUUGGCAUCACCAGCCUGAAGAACAAGCGCGACCUGCUGCAGAAGGACGACGUCGUCACGUUCAAGGUCGACGAUCAGAACCGUGCGGUGGAGGUCACAUCGAUCCGUACUAAGAAGCAAGCCAAGGUCGACUCCGUCAAGGGUCUGUUCGGCUUUCUGGACUUUGAGGUCGAGGAGGGAAAGAAGCUCUUCUUCCACAUGUCCGAGGUGCAGGGCGGGGGCAGUCUCUACCCGGGCGACUCGGUCGAGUUCUCGAUCGUCACAAACCAGCGCAACGGCAAGACGUCGGCCUGCAACAUGAUCAAGGUGCCGGACGUGAACGGAAUGCGCGCCGAGCGGCUGCUGUCGCGCAUCAAGCUCAACUCGGUCGACGACAGCGGGCCGCGCCUGACGGUGAUUCGGGCCCCGAAGGGACCGGACGGUACAAAAGGCUUCCAAUUUUCAGUCAGAGCUCCACGUUUAGUUGGAAUUUGCUUGGAAUAAACACUACACUAUUAUUAAUGAAUAAUAAUGCUAUUUUUUGUUUUAUUUUUGUAAUGAUUUAUUAUUUAAAUUAUUUAAACCAAUCUUUUUUAUCGCAACUAUAUAUUAUUGUGAAACUGUAAACGCUAAGUGAUUAUUAUUUAUAAACAAAAGUAAAACAAAGCUAAGCAACACAUAAACUAAAACAAACAAAUAAGAAAUGAAACAAUAUGCCGCAUAUAUACAAAGAAACAAACAAAAAAAACUAGGCAAAAACAAUAAUGAAAUGGAAAGCAACACAAUAAAGAUAACACAUAAACAAACCACAAGCAAGAAAGCAAAGAAGAGAAAAAAGUUAGGAAAACUGUAAGCAUCGCUAGCAAAGAAAGAGAGCAUGAAGCUGUUUGAACGAGGAAAAUCGCGAAAACGCGCGCGCGCGCGUCUUCUUUUUAGUAACAAAAGAAUCACAAAAGUAAUAGUUUACUCUCUCUCUACACCAAGCAGAAGAAGAAGAAGAAGAAUGUAUAAUCAAAAGUCGAACGAAACAUAAAUCGCGCUUGUUUUGUUACGCCUCUACACACUUACAACACACUCACAAACAGAUGCAAUGAAACGAUUUGUUUUUUUUUUUACUAUAACUAUUUGUUUUGUUUACAUUUUUUCGGUUCUCAAUUGUGAAACAAGUGAGAGAAGGCAAAAUUAUACACACACAACGCGCGUAGGAGGAACGAGAAAAUGAAGUAACAAAAAAACAUUUACAUUAAACGUAACGAAACAAAGAAGAAAAACACACACACAUUACUCACUGUUUACCUAUUGUAACAAGAUUGUGCCGUUGUAACCUGUAACUGUAUCAGACAAAAGCAAAACACGAAAGAAGGAAACUGAUUUGUUAUGGAUAUUGUUUCUAAAACAGACGCGCUCCGGUUCGUCAAACCUAAAUUCAUGAAAAGCGCUCGCGCGCGUGCCAAGAAUAUCCUUUUUACGAAUAUUCUUUAAGGAAAGCAGUGUUUGUGCGUAUAUUAUUUUUACAAAACAAAACAAAAAAAAAACAAACCCACUCGUGUUGGUCUUUUUAAAAUAUAUAUACAUAUAUACAAUGAAUUGUAUUUCGUUUCGUCAGCUGUAUCAGUUAGAGAAAGGUUGAUUUCUUUCGUUUGCGCGCGCGAUUGGUUCACUAGAAUUGAAACAAACAAAACAAAACGAGAUGAAAGCAAGAAACAUUCGCGGAAAACAAAAAAGAAACAUGCAAACACGGUGAAAUUAAAACUUAGUAAAAGCAAGCAAACAAAACAAAUAUUAGAGUUAUAUUAUUAACGCAACCAUUAAGACAUGAAUCUAAUUCAUCGCUCUUCGCUAAUUAUUGUCACACACACAGAAAGAAAAGGAAGAAGAAGAAAAAAAAAAACAAGUAAGAAAAUACCAAACCCUAUUUUUCCUUCGAAAUCGGAACUCUUCAGACUGUUAUUAUUGUCCCACUUUUUUAAUGUUUUUCUGUCUUUAGAUUUCUGCCCCCUCCCCGAACCCCACUUUCGUACAAACACGCGCGCACACAUCCAAAGGUUUAUGUGUGCACCAGCAUCCUUCUCAGUAGUUUACACACUGACACAAAUUAUGCGUGUGAAUUUUGGGUGUUGAAACAUUCGGCAUAAUUGAUGCAAGGACUUGUCUGGUUUUCAAUAGAAUCGAAAAGCAUGAAAUGUGAUUUUUUUUCAUAAUUUAAAAGUCAGAAAAGUUCUUAAAAUUUAUCAAGUCUUGUUCUGUUUAAAUUUGAAUCGAAUGUCCUUCACUUUAAACGAAUUCAUUCUAAUGUAAUCAAUCAUGCCAUUUGUCGUACACCCAAACAAAUAGCCACUAUUAUUUGAUAGACGUUUUGUUGUGAUCGCGCACUUGUGAUCGACCAAACACAUCUCAUCGAAAAUGAUUUGGCGCGCUUAGGUUAGCCCUUGUUUUAACCUUAAAUAAUAAAAAGGAUACACCCUCAAAGCAUAUGGCCUCCAAAACCGUUGUUUUAGGCAAUGUGUCGAAAACCGGCAACAAAAACGACACUUUUGGAGGCCUUAUCCCAAAGGAACCUCGCCUAAUGAGAAAUAAUCAUGUGCAGUGGCGCUGAAAAGAGUAGACAAAAUGAAACACGAACACAUACAAAAACAUACAUGCGUGAACGGAAAAAGAGGGGAAAGCAGAAACAACAAGAAAAUGAAUAAAGUUAUUGCUUGAACUGUAAACGUACUAUUUAUAAGUGUGAUUAAAGUGAAACUAAUUUAGGGAUUCUAUUGACAACAAAGAAAGAAUAAAACAUGAAGGAAAGAGAACCAAGCUGGAAUAAUAAGCAACUAAAACGUGGGAGGAAAAGGAAAUGAAAGAAACUAAGGUAAACAAGCAAACCAACAAACACUAACCCGAAUGAGUUCCACCAAACAGAAGGGAACGUCACAAAUGAAGGGAGGCUAUCGAGUAACAGAAUAACAUCCUGAUAACUCCCCGAUUUUUUUUUAAAUUAAUCAUCAACUUGAUCUAGUCUUCGUAACAAAAGCAAGCAAACGAAAGAAGAAGAAGAAGAAAUAACAAAAAGUAAACAAGCAACAAACAAGAAUCGCUGAAAGAAAGAAAAAAUAACAAGCAUUACAUACAACUAGACCCUUCACAGCUACUACUACUGAGCAAAGCAACAAAACAUUCACACCAAGAACACACACACACACAAUUCCCAACUUCAUCCCCAGAAUUUUCUCCCGUGCAAAAUCAAUAUGAAACAAAAAAAAAAUCACUCAAUCAUCAUUCACGAAACAAACAACCAACACUCACGUCACACAAAACAAACACUGAAAUAAAAACAACAAAAUCAUGGAAUAAAACGAAAGAUUAAAAAAAAAUAACUUCAAGAGACUACGGGAUCAAAAAUUGCAUGUGAAAGCCAUUGAGUGUUAACUUUUUCACCGAUCAAAAGAAAGAAAAAAAAAACAACAAAAAAAACAUAAACAUGAAAGCAAAGAAAUCCUUUUAAAUAAGUAACGAAACGCUUCUGAUUUUUGUCCCGUAUAUUCAGACAUAUGUGAAGAAUAGAAACAAAAUAAUGAAACAGAGAAAAAAAACUCCUGCUGCAACAAAUACACACACCUACAGUGGAAGCAGCCAGAGAAAAAAAACGAUACAUAAAACAAACAAAAAAAAAACUAGAAAAAAUGAAACAAAAAAACGACGAAAAAAAAUCAAAUCAGUAAACACUGUAAUUUAAACGAAAAAAAAAAAUCUCUAAUGUAACCAAGUAAAAGAUAAAUGAAACAUUGUAAGGCUAAUUAUGGAAACAAAAGAAGAAGAAAAAAAACACGUGAAACGCAAAGCAAGUAAUGGAGGACACAAGUAGACACAACAACGGCAAACAAAAAGAAGGAAGAAACAAUUCAACACAACAUUGUGAAUGCAUGCAAGGAAACACGAAAAAAUGCAGAAAAAAAGAGAUAUCUAAAGUCAAGUAACUAAGCAAACAACA